CGGGUAGUUAGUUCUGGGACUUUUACAUACACUUUGCUUUUCCUACAAAAUGCACUGGAAAUUUGCAUUGCUGAUAAUUUACCAAAUUCCCAUCAUUUGUACACAGAAGCCAGUAGUCAAUUCAACUGCUAUAACCAGCAACUUAACAAAGGCUAAUUUAGAAGGAUCAAAAAACCCGGAAAAUGUACCCAAAGCAACGCAUGUGAAUGCCACCCUCUUGCUAAGUCCAGGAAAUUCAACAAGAGCUAAUCCAAGAAAUAUUACCAACACAAAUCUGGGAAAUUCAACCAAACCAAAUCCAGGAAACUCAACCAAAUCAAAUCUAGAGCAGGCAACCAACCUGAAUGCAACAUUAUUAAACGAAACAAAGCUGGUGAAUGUUUCAAGCCCUAAAACUAGAAUGAAUGCUGGACCUAGACGAACAAAUGUCCUUAUUCCACAAAUAAUUUCAAGAAGUCAUGGGGGCCUUCACAAUAUUUCAAAUCAUAGAGUGUGCAAUUCUCUUUCUGAUGUAUUUGACAAUUGUAUGGCUCAAGUAAUCUUAGCAAUACGACAGUGUUCAGAUGUGAAUGAUUUUGCUGAGGGCAACUGUUCUGCUCACAUUAUUCUACCAGGAAAGACGAGGCCAUGGCAAAAGAAGGUGCCGCACAAACGGAAAAAGAAGAUCUUACAUCAUCGAAAACGAAAAUGUAAAAGUGUUGAUGAAGUACUUCGUGGAGAGUGUCCAACAGAGCUAAUACCAAACUUAAAGGAGUGCAAUAGUGUUAAAGAUUUUGCAAAAGAAAAUUGUAGAGCUGAGCUAAUUCUAGAUCAUAAGUGCCAAAGUGUUAAUGAAUUGAUGAAAGAAGAAUGCGGAGCACAGAUUCUACCUUCGUCAGAGUGCACAAGUGUUGACCAAUUUGCGAAUGGAAAUUGUUUAGCAGAACUUUUAUCUGAUGAACCGGAAUCACUAGAACAGUGCCAAAAUAUUGACGAUAUGAUGACUGGAAAUUGUAUGGUAGAGAUUAUACCUAUAAAAUCAAAACGCCAGUGCAACAAUACAGCGCAGUUUGCGAAUGGAGCCUGCUCUGCCCAACUUAUACCUGCUGUAAUGUGUGAGAAUACAGAAGAUUUCGCGAGAGGAACCUGUGCGGGACAGCUCUUACUUGGACAAAUUUGUGAGAGCUUAACGGAAAUGUCGCUUGGAAACUGUUCUACCGAGUUAUUGUUGGCAAACAAGUGUCGCGAUAUUUCUGAGUUUAGUUUAGGAGAGUGUGCUGCUGAAACAAUACCAGGCUAUCAGGGAACAUGUGAUGACUUUACAAUGCUCGAUGAAAGGGAAAGUUGCACGGCUUCCAUCAUAGCAGUUGAUAAGAAAUGUGUUUGGGGACAACCAUGCGAAAAACCAAAUCAAGAGAUUUGUAGGACCUGUUCGUCUCCUGUACAAGUUGAUCAUUACACUAAGCUGGCCCCUAAAUCCUACUGCGAGGGAGAUUUAUCUCUAAAAACUGUUCACGGUCUUAAAUGCAAGGUUAAGAAUGGCACUAGUAGUUGUAUGGUCGGUGGAGAGGGAUAUUCAUUUUGUGAUACAGAGUUCCUUUUUUUCAGAGCUGGGCACUGGCAAGACUGGGAUCUCUGUUCAUUAUGUACGGAGACUGACAGGAUGACACCUCUUACUGCUCAUGGACUCAGCUGUGACGGGGAGUGUUCUUCAAAAUGGAAUAACAAAGAAAUAGCUUCCCCGAGAUGCAGAGUCAAAGAAAGAUUAGAGAAUGAUCCUGAAUUUGACUACUGUACAACGUGUGAUUCUACAUUGGACGGAGGAUGCGCAAAUAUUACACAAAUAGACGACAGACCUGGGAAAGAUGUAAAACAGUUCGGAUUUGGAGAUGGUGUCACCGUUAAGUAGAAGUGGAAAAAGAAACAAAGAUGAAAAUGGAAAUUGUAUUUAGUUGCAUCAUUAAAAGAAAUUCAAAAUUUAA